AUCUAGCAAAAUUGGUUGCUGUUCCUUAACAAUAUUUCUCCAUAAUAAAAAUAAAACUUGGCAGCAGUGGCUGCCCCUGCGAAAGAACAAAAAGUCCCAUAAAAUCGAAUCCCGCACGCGAUCGUAGCCCAUAAAAGACGAGGCAGUACUUUGGUGCCUGUUUAUCGAUACCGAUAAUAUUCCCCAGCGGCAUAUAUCUUUGGAGGUUCCAGCAAACCUGCAGCUCAAUCGGAACUCAAGGGUGACGGGGCCCAGACGUGAACGCGCUUAAGGAGUUACAAGCAAGAGCUAAGCAAAAGAUCCUUCAGGCAGAAGGAUUCUCGCUGUGGAAAUCUCAAAACAGUUGCAGAAAAUCUCCCAAGCAUGAGUUUCAAUUCCAAGUACCACAUCGAUGUGGACUUUGAGGUGCCCAAGAAGCUGCAAUGGUACUAUGCCCCCGUCUUCUUUGCCUUCUGGCUGUGCCUCUACCUGUCGCUGGUCAACACUCAAAUCAACAGCAUGCCACGGCCACUCAUGCGCAGCGAUGAGGCCACCCAUCCGCGCUCCUUCAUCGCCCAACGCGCCGAGGACACGCUCAUCGAGCUGACGCGCCUGGGACCACGCGUCGUGGGCUCGGCGACCAAUGAGGUGGCCACCGUGGAGUUCCUGCGUGCGGAGGUGGCCAAAGUGGAGGCUGAGAUGGGCGAUCUCUACGAGCUGGAGCUGGAUGUGCAGCUGGCCAGCGGCGCCUACAUGCACUGGGAAAUGGUCAACAUGUAUCAGGGCAUACAGAAUGUGAUCGUCAAGCUGAGCGAGCGCAACUCCAGCAACGAGAACUUUCUGCUGAUGAACAGCCACUACGACUCGGUGCCGGGCAGCCCGGGUGCUGGCGAUGAUGGCUCCAUGGUGGUCACCAUGCUGGAGGUGAUGCGCGUGCUGGCCAAGACAGGCGAACCGCUGGCACAUCCCAUUGUCUUUCUGUUCAACGGAGCCGAGGAGAAUCCGCUGCAGGGCUCGCAUGCGUUUAUCACGCAGCACAAGUGGGCCAAGAACUGCAAAGCCCUCAUCAAUCUGGACUCUGCUGGCAGCGGCGGGCGUGAGAUUCUCUUCCAGUCGGGACCCAAUCAUCCUUGGCUCAUGAACUACUACCGCAAUGUGCCGCAUCCGUUUGCCAACACGCUCGGCGAGGAGAUGUUCCAGGCGGGCUACAUCCCCUCCGACACGGACUUUCGCAUCUUUCGUGACUAUGGCGGCGUGCCCGGCCUGGACAUGGCCUACAUCUUCAAUGGCUAUGUGUACCACACGAAGUACGACAGAAUCAACGCCUUUCCGCGCGCCUCCUUCCAGCACACGGGCGACAAUGUGCUGUCCCUGGCCAGAGCUCUAGCAAAUGCUCCCGAAAUGGAUGAUACCGAGGCACACGCUGAGGGUCACAACAUCUUCUAUGACUUUCUGGGCUGGUUCAUGAUCUUCUACACGGAAACGACGAGCAUCAUUAUCAAUGUUGUGGUGGGCCUGUUGGCCCUCCUGGCCAUUGGCAUUUCGCUGUACUUCAUGUCCGUGCGCUCCGGCUGCAGCUGGAAGGGUGUCCUGCUGCGUUAUGGCAUCACCCUGGGCAUGCAACUCGCUUCCCUGGCCCUGGCCGUGGGCCUCGCCCUGCUCGUUGCUGUCUUCAUGGAUGGCGUCAAUCGCUCGAUGAGUUGGUUCACCUCCACCUGGACCAUCUUUGGGCUGUAUCUGGCGCCCAUUAUCUUCGGCAUGAGCAUUCUGCCGGCGCUCUAUUUGGAGCGCACCAAGCGUGAUCCUUUGGGCUUGGGCUUUCGCAUUCAGCUCUUUAUGCACGCUCAUUGCUUCUGGUUGAUUGUCAUCAUGGUCACGAUGACUGCUGUGAGCAUUCGAUCUGCGUAUUUGAUCAUGCUCUGUGUGCUGUUCGAUAUUGUGGCGUUGAUUGUGAAUCUGGUAACCAAGUGGCAUCGCAAGGCCUACUUGUUUGCCAUUGCUGUCACUGUCUGCCAGAUCCUGCCCUUUGUUUACUUCACUUAUUUGUGCACCGCGGCGCUGCUCACGCUGAUGCCCAUGCAGGGCCGCUCGGGCUCCUCCUCCAAUCCAGACAUGGUUGUGGCAGCUCUGGUUUGGCUGUUUUCCCUCAUGUUUGCGGGCUUUAUUGUGCCGCUGAUCAUGUUCUUCCGCAAGACGCGCACAAUUGUGCUUUGCUUUCUGGGCAUCACAAUUCUCUUCAUUAUUAUUUCGGUGACCAAUGCGGGUUUUCCGUACAAGGAAAAAACCUCCGCACAGCGCUACUCAUUGAUUCACGCACAUCGUCGCCUGCACAACGCGGAUGGCAGCACACGCCUGGACGAGUCCGGACUGUACAUUUAUCCACAGGAUCGACGCAUCGAAAUUGCCAGAGACGAAAUCAAUCUCCUUGGCGAGGUGCAACAAGUGAGCGAAACCUGCGAUGAGGAAAUGUUUUGUGGUCUUCCGCUCUACAAUCAUCGCUGGAACAAGGCGCGCAAGUACAGCCUGUGGGUGCCCGUCUCGGAGCUGCCAGAGAUACCCAAUGAAUAUCCCACACUCAUCCUGCAGGACUCGAGUGAGUUGGAGAGCGCCACGCGGCGGCGUUUCAACUUUUCGCUGAGUGGACCCGAUCACAUGGGCAUUUUUGUGAAUCUAAAAAAUGAUGCCAAGCUGCUGGACUGGUCCUUCAACGAUACGUUGGUCAGAGAGCAGGCGGAACCGCCUUACAUGGUGUACUUUUCCUACGGAUUGGACAAUAGUACGCUGGAGUUUACCAUCGAUGUGGAGGUGGGUUUUAAUCCUCAGCUUUCUGGCAUGCAAAUAAUUGUACUCUUCCUGCAGAAAACCACUUCCACGUUCGACACGCCCACGCUGGAGAUUGGCAUCGGUGGCCAUUGGGUGAAUCAGGACAUCACGGCCAUUCCAAGGCUAAGCAAAUAUAUUGAUCGAUUUCCCACAUACGCCUACAUACAGGGCUGGGUGGGCACCUAUGAGACGUGGUACUUCUGAUGGGGAAUUACUCCUGCGCCUUGGGUUUUUUGCUUUACUAAUCGUAGUCAUUAAGCGUUAACGAUUAACUGUAUAGAAUCUGAUGAAUAUUUAUUUUAUUAAAACCAUUCCAACCAGUACGAA